AUGUCUCUCUUUCGAUUGCAUCUGAAUUCUUUGAUAUUAGGCACAUCCGGCUAUCUGGCUGCAGGAACAUUACAGUUUUGCGCAACAGCAACAAAAACAACAACAGCCGCAACGACAGCAGCCGCCGCUACCGCUACCGCUAACGCCACCGCCGCAGCAACAGUCACAAAUAUGUCUUCGCUGUCAUCGACGUCCACCACGUCUGCAGCGCUCCCCGUUGCCGUGCACUUCUUGGCCAGCUUCCAUCAGAUUUGUGUGGUGACUGCUCUGCUUCCAUUGGUGACACUAUUCACCUGUUUCGUCACCGCGUACGUCUUCCAAUAUGACGAUGUGCACGAAACGCAUUGCCGUGUCUACAACGUUGUACCAUCGAUAAGUGCCAUUACCGGCGUCAGUCCACAACGCUACUUCUGGCGCCUGAGUAUUGCCUUACACAUCGGACCACGUUUUCCCAUCGCCUUCGUGUAUAAGAAUUAUUACCGCAGUUUGUUGGGCAAUUUGCAGCAACGUCGGCCGCAUCUGGUGGCGAAGGCCGAUAAAAUGAUUACGUUAAUUUUAGUUUUGAAUAUCAUCGAAAUUUCAUCGUUGGGCGGCGUCACCUACAUUUCGAAUAGGGAGAAUUAUCCAAUUCACGAGAAAAUCUUCAUUACAUUUAUGGUUUGCUCACUCUGCUACAUGUUGGCCACAAUCAAAUUGCACGGCAUACUCUUCGAGGAUGAAAGCCAACUAUUGCCCCUACAACGCGAUUCAAUCAAAUGGAAGAAAAUACUUUUCACCACCUCCAUUAUCAGUACCGUUGGUUUGUUGGUAUUUUUUGCCAAACACCGUUUCUACUGUCAUGAUUUGGCAUUCAGUUGGUUCGCUUUCUUCGAGUACGUGAUCGCCUUUGCGAAUAUGCUUUUCCAUUUCACAAUCAUUUGGGAUUUUCCAUCGCAAUUUAUGCUAAUCGUGCAGGGAUCGAAAAAUAAAGUUGAGGAAAUGAUCGGUCGAGUGAGCGCGAAGUGGGAUUAAACGCAAUCGGAAUUACAUACAUACAUAAUUACUUAGGCCGUUGAUAUUUCACGAGUGCACGAAUAUGUACACGAACACAUGUACU